AUGGAAUCUACACUUCCCCUCGAUCAAACAACCAUGUCUGCUCGUACUCUGCGUGGAGUCGAGGCCUAUUUUACCGUGGUCAUGGAGGACUCCUACGAGUUCAAGAUAGCCCGCGAAGAUUUUGAGCCCGAGACCGUCUUCCGCGAGGUUGUCAUCGCAAAUGAGCUGUCCGAUUUAUUUCAAACCGAACUCACCCCUCGCCAAGAAGCGGCAUUUGAGAACCAUAUCCUGCACGCCCUUGCAUGGAUGGUGUAUGGCUCAAACAAAAUUGAGAAAGCUGGUAGUAGCUCAGAUAUUACUCUCGAACUUUAUGUUGCGGUCUUCCGUGGUGAAGAAAUCCCCGAAGAGAUCGAAGAGCAAGACCAGGAGUACUUGUCUUUUAAGGAGAGUCUGAUCCACCAACACCUUCCAGCAGACACUUCGGCUGUCCUACGCAGUCGCCGGGAGGUUGUGCAACAUGCACAAGCUGCAAAAUUUAUGAUGGACCAGUUGUGCAUCCGUGGCCAGGAUCUAAGUGAACAAAUAAUCCUCGAAGCCCACAGGAUUCUGACCUAUAAAGUGGACGCCGAGACUACCCCCUGGACGGAGUAUAGUGGCGUUUAUCGAAGUUAG